UGCCGCACAGCACCACGACCAGCACAGCCAUUUCACAAUGUCGAAACGCAAACGGGAAGCGGACGAAGAGGAGGAUGCAGACACUGAGGGGCACGGGUCGCGAGACUUCCGGCGACAGCGACAGAUCAUGGCGACUUUUGCGCAAAGUGCGCAGCCACUGGAGCAGGCACUGAAGCUUGCGCGCGGAUUUGAACGUCAAAAGCUGGGCCGGCGGAAAAAGACUGCACGAGGAGAUCAGGAUACAGCGGCACGCAUAGAUGCUGAGGUCGCUGCGCUGAAGAAGCUCGACCUCGCGCGGUGUGCGCAGAAUGUGCUGGCGAAGGCGCUUUUGAAGAUCAAGGCGGUGCGUGAGGCUCCUCACUUGCCUGCUCCCAUUCGCAACCCGACACCCGUUUCUACCGAGACAGCGACGCUUAAUGUGUACGCGCGACUAUGCAGCUCGAAUCCGGUCAAGGCAGCGCUGCCUACAGCCACUGCCGGCAUGAAGCGCGAGAUGGGUGUGGAGGAAGCGGGGCACCGAAAAAAGGACCACCAGCCUGCGAACGAUGGACCCGACAGCGAUGACGACGAUGAUGCUUCUGUCAGUAGCGAGGCAGAUGGGUCGAUCUCAGUAGAUUCAGACGUGGACGUGGACGAUUUGGAGCGGCAGUUGGAGCAAGAAGGAGUGCCACGUACCUCGUCGGCUGCACGAAAACGGCGGCGGGACAACGAUGCCUUCAGUGAUCAGGAACCAGAUGCUGCUUCCGACGCCGAGUCAGAGGAAGCCCACCACGACAGCAGGACUGCGCCCAAGAAGCUCUUCCUGCCGAAGCUAACCAUGGCCGGCUACGUAUCUGGCAGCGGAUCCGAUGUGGAAGACGAUGUGGAAAGUGCGAAGCCUAAAAAGAAUCGGCGUGGACAACGAGCCCGCCAGGCGAUUUGGGAAAAGAAAUAUGGCAAGCAAGCCAAGCACGUGCAAGAGCAAGCCGGGAAGCAAGACUGGGAUGCAAAGCGUGGAGCAGUGAGCAGCAGCAAAUUCGCAAAGGAUGCCAAUAAGCUUCCACUGGGUAAGCGAAGAUUGCCGGGCUCAACGAUGAAGCCCACCGUGGCGAGCAAAAAGCCACAACGAGACGAUACGGGCCCUCUGCACCCCAGUUGGGAAGCUGCAAAGCGAGCGAAGGAGAAGAAGAGCGUACCAGUAGCUUUCCAAGGGAAGAAGAUAAGUUUCGAUUAAUCGAGGUCAAGUAUGUCAAUCUCAUCACUGUUACCUCUCUCAUCAUGCUAUGUGCAACUCAACUGCGAACUU